AUUCAUUUCACAUUCAUUCAACCAUCUUUUCUUGAUAUUAUCAUGUCUACCUCGUCGGAAAUUGUGGAUUCCGGUAGAUUUUCCGGCCAAAAUAGAGCGCCGGAGAAGUCCAAUUUCUCCCACACUUGUAACCUUUUCUCUCAGUACUUGAAGGAAAACGCUUUCCCUGAUCUAACCCUCGGUAGGAGGGUAACAUCACCAAGCACUGCCACCAUGAAUCUGUUCCCGAUGACGGAAACCCCACGCCUCGCCACCCAGAAACAGCAAGAUCAAUCAAGAUCCAUGACUAUAUUCUACGAUGGUCAGGUCAUGGUGUUCAAUGAUUUAACUCCUGAAAAAGUGAAGGAGAUCAUGAUGUUGGCUGAAAAAGGGAUUCCCCAUAAACCCACCACCUUCUCAUCGUCCUCCAUUGCCACCCCAAAACCAGAAGAACCUUCCAACAAAACUGGUCUACCAAUUGCUUCUGGUUCAGAUCUACCAAUUGCAAGAAAAGCUUCACUCGCUAGAUUCUUGGAGAAGAGAAAAGACAGAAUCACAGCUCGAUCGCCAUACCAAAUGGAAGGUGCUCCAAAGCAAGAAGACAGCAAAACAUGGUUGGGACUUGGUGCACAAUCUGAAGUCCAGUUUCAACCCCGAUCGUAGCAUGUUAACCAUCCCAUAUAUCGAUAUACGUUUAGGAUCUAUGAUGGUGUUCUUAAUUAUUGUUCUUUUUUUACGGACGUCCGUGUUAACUACAGAAUCUCUAACCUGUUUUUGCAUCUUUUCAUCAUCAUGAAAGAUGUAUAGUAAUAUUUUUCCAUCUCAUAUGAUAUGAUAUAUAUAUAUAUAUAAAUCUUAUUGUUUUCCA